GCGAUCGCUUUCCAAUCCAACAUGGCACCGUAGGGACGUUGUUAUUAUUGUUCCGUCGCUCUUGCAGUUCGAAGGGAAACAACGCGGACAAACGACCGAGUGAUUCGUGCGGGCAUGAGAGAAUCACCCCGACAUCAUGUUACGGUCCACCGGCUUCUUUCGAGGGAUCGAAUGUCCGUUUUACACGGAGUGCACCGAGGGCAAAGACGGCAGGAAUGGGUGUAACAGACCCUACUGUCACUUCAGGCACAGCCAGCAAAGACGAACGUCCUACGGAGCAACGACAGACGUUAAAAAGCAGAGAGACCUCCACUCCACACACAGAGAACAAGGUUAUGAUCCAUUCAACCCAGAAGUAGUGAGGCCUCAGGAGCAGCAGAAUGGGAAGCCGGAUGCCUCAGACGACCUCGACGGAGCUCUGGAGAUGGUCAACAAGGCCAUCGAGGAGGUCCGCAGUGAGGUGGAGAGGGAGAAGAGGAAGCUCUCUCGAAUUGGGGAUGAACCGUACAGUCCCAGACCGAAUAUCAGUUUGUCUUCGGGUGGUGCUGCUAAAAAGAAAAGGGCAACUUCACACAUGGCCUAUGAUCCUGGCAGUUAUCAGAUCACAUCAGGAGGUUAUAAUCCCACCCCUGGCUGCAGCAAGUACACCUUGGAUUCAGAUAACCAGGGGAAAAACAGUAACUCCAUGGAAUAUGUUCCUACUUCAGUGAAAAAGCCUCCUACUCGGACACAUGCUCACCAACCACCCUCUUCCCCUCCCACCACAAAUAGUUCAAACAGCGCAUUAUCCUCCAAGUGUAAAUACACUGUGGAUAAUUCAAGGCCAUCUACAGACAUGGAGUAUGAUCCACUCUCAAACUACACAGCAGGAAUCACAGUAAAAGGCAAGAGGGUUAAGGUGGCCCAUGCUGUUAGGACAGAUGGGAGCAAGAAACAGAAACUGCUUGCGUGUGAUUUGUCAGACGAGGAGUAUGUUGUAGCUGUAAAAAAACCACAGCAGCUGACUGUAGACAUGAGAAAAUACACUUUCUCUGACUCUGAUGGGGAGAGCUCUGGAACAGAGUAUCGACCCACCACUCUUAGCAACCUCCAGCAGAGAAAAAACAACUCUGGAUUAGCUGGUGUCACUUUUGGGAAGGAGAGAAAGGAGAGAACUGAAAGUGUAUUAAAUGCUCUGACACAGAAGAAUAAACAGGACUUAGUAAAAGACUCAGACAUUCAUAUGAAGCAAAAGAGCAGUCCAGAGAAAAUGAAGGCGGCUAGUCGAACAGGUCAUGAGAAAAGUGUUAAAUCUGAUAAGAUCCAUAAACUUGAAAAAGAUGUAAACAGACAGUUUAGUACUAAGAGUAGUAGCAGCAGUAGUAAGGACAAAAGUUCAAUCAAGAGCUCAAACCAGGUGUCUGCAAAAAAGGAGAAUAAGAGUCUUGGGAAGAGAGAUGACAGAAAAAUCAUAGUAAAGGAAAAGACAAGGGACAAAAUUCAGAAGGAAGGCAGAGAUGAAAAGAGAAGUGAUGGGAAGAUCAAAGCUGUGGAAAAGGUCAAAACGGACUCAAUCAAAAGAGAUAAAGACUCAGAUAAUGGUGCGAGGGAAAGCAAGAAAGACAGAUUAUUAGACAAGGGAAAGGAACACAGCAAGAAUAAGGACCACUUACAUAAAAAUGGUAAACUUGAUGGUAGUAAAAGAGAAAAGGAUGUGAAGAGAGUCAUUAAAAGCAGUUCUCAUAGUGGGAGCAGUAGCAGUUCCAGUAAAGGGAGUUCUGCAAACAGCAAUAAGAUGAAGCAAAACAUCGGCUCAUCAAAUGAGAAAAGAUUUAAGAAACGACAGAAUGUGAGUCUGAGCCACGCUGAUCUGUUUGGAGAUGAGAGUCCAGAGCAAGCUGAACCAAUAGAGGUUGAUGACAGUGAUGAUGAUUCAGAGGAGGUUUUGGUGAGAAAAUCAGCCGAUGCCUUAAAGAGGGGAUCCCUUAACAAGAGGAAAGCUUCUGAGCUGACUCCGUCUUCCUCUGAUUAUGAGGAUGACUACGGCAUGGAGGGCAGCAGUGCAGGUAAGGACGAGAUCGAUCAUGUUGGAAUCGACUUAUCCAGCUUCCAGGACGAGCUGGACUUUGACUCGGAUCCCAUGGAGGAGUGUUUGCGUAUCUUCAACGAAUCCAAGGAUGUGAAGAAGGAAGACAAGGGACGGCAAACUAAACUGCCCUCCAGGGAUUCAGUGGAGGAGGGAAGCACAGAGAGCACUUUAACCACUCUCUUCCCUGGUCAAAAGAAGAGAGUCUCUCAUUUUGUUGCCAAAGGAAAUGCCGACGCACCUUCUAAGACUGCGGUGCGUACGUACAAGAGACCCACCGCCCAGGAGGUCUGUUACCAGCGAAUGCAGCUGUCGCAGCAGCAAGCUGCCCAGCUUUCUGCUUCAGUCAAAACUGCCUCACGGAGUACCAACCCCAGCUUCUCUGGAGAGAGGAAGAGAAUAGCACACCGUCCCAGCCCACAGAUAACAUCAUCCAAAUCAAGUUCAGCAGAUGCUAAAUCAGCUGUGAGUCGAGUGCUAUCGCCCAGCCAAUCUCAUCAGACUGUCAAGGCUCAAACGACUGCUGGUAUUUUGUCUAAGACCACGUCCACCGUAAUGGCAAAGAGGGUGGCACACACACCCACCAUGAAGAGUACUUCAAUGAAACGACCCAUCAUCCCCUGUGAGUUUGGGGCCAAAGUUCCUACCAACGUCCGCCAGCGCUACCUCAACACUUUCAUCGAUGAAUGUGCGAAAUUCUGCCCAUCGGAAGAUAUUGCCUUUGAGAUGGCCCUUGAAGAGGAGAAGCUGGUAUAUGACCGAAGUAGCAGUAAAAGCAUCUACCUCAAUGUAGCUGUCAACACUCUGAAGAAGCUACGCAGCAAGAGCAGCUCCGGUCCCUCACCUGCCACCAAGGAGCCGGGGUUACUUGCCAACAGGAAGGCCCAGUCUCACGAGGAAGUUCUGGGAGGUCGUCUGGCUGCUACAACCAGCUUCACUAUCAACAGGAUGGGAAAACAGCAGGAGGAGAAACUCAGUGGAGUCACACUGUACAUGAAGCUGAAGUCAUAUCUGAUGACAGAAGAGCAGCUCCAGGAGCACGGAUAUCCAAGAGUAAACCCAGAAGCCCCUGGCAAGGCACUGAUAUACAACCUUCCAGAGAAAAAACCCCCUGCAGACCCGUUUUCCAAGAUAUGCUGUCGAUGUGGGGCAGAAUACAAAAUCAACGUCAAUGGCAACUGUGUCCGAAAGGAGGAAUGCAGUCAUCACUGGGGACGAUUACGCAGACAUAAAGUCGCUGGAGGCUGGGAGACCAAUUACAACUGCUGUGCUGCCGCUGUGGGUGCUCCAGGAUGCCAAGUGUCAAAGCAACAUGUUCAGGACGGACGUAAGGAGUUAUUAGACGGUUAUGUGUCAACUUUCAGUAAACCUCUACCUCCAGAUGGCAACGGAGGGGUGUUUGCUUUGGAUUGUGAGAUGUGUUAUACAAAACUGGGCCUGGAACUGACGAGAGUGACCGUCAUCGACUCGAAGAUGAAAGUCAUCUACGACACCUUUGUCAAACCUGUAAAGAAAGUGGUCGACUAUAACACGCGGUUUUCAGGUGUGACAGAGGAGGACUUGGAGAACGCCACCAUCACUCUGAGAGAUGUUCAGGCCGUGUUGCUCAGUAUGUUCAGCGCUGACUCCAUCCUGAUUGGACACAGUCUGGAGAGCGACCUCCUCGCCCUGAAGCUUAUCCACAGUUCAGUCAUAGACACAGCCAUCGUGUUCCCUCACCGCAUUGGCUUGCCCUACAAACGUGCCUUGAGAAACCUGAUGGCUGACCACCUCAAACGCAUCAUUCAGGACAAUGUGGAGGGCCACGACUCGAGUGAAGAUGCCUCUGCCUGCAUGGAGCUGAUGAUUUGGAAGCUCAAAGAGGAUGCGAAGGUUAAAAGAUGACCCCUGACCCCCUCCACUUCACUUUCCUCAGCUGGACGUCCUGUUGGUUGCAGGGAGACAGAAGUUCGGGAGACCUGCGCCCGCUCUCAGAGAGUGGAGGUCAGAGGUCAGAGAUGGUUCAGCACAGUGGGACAUUUUCAGCUGAACAGACUGAGAGGAGCUCAGUUGCUAACGCCGACUUUAUCUGACACGAGAAACGCGAAGGCCUUCAAAGCAAUAGGAGCCCACCUGACAGUGUUUUCUUUAGUUUUGUUGUUAUUUCACCUCUAAACAACGUUAGUUUAGCAGUAUUUCUGUUAUUUAAGUGGCGUCAGUUAAGGCCUCAAAACAGUUUAUAAAUGAAACCUUUCUUACAGAAGAACUACUCAACAUGCCGGGGCAUUGUCUGCUGAACGACGACGACGAUAGAUAUGAUAUUCAUGUUAGACUCUGUCCUCAGCCUAAAUUGCACUAUAGAAAUGCUCUCGUCGCAUCGGGCCAAAGUUUGAGUACCUCAUCUGUGUUCAAAUGCAUUCACUUCUUCUUCUUAAUAACACAGUACUCGUUUCAUAGUUACACUUAAGUGCAUUGUUGUCUUAGUCUGUCGGGCGUUGCUAUGUAAAAUGCACUUUGCACCUCGUUUAUCGUCAGUGAUGCUCUUGUUUAUACGGCGGGUUUUGUUGUGUUGGUUUGCUCUCAAACCUGAUUAAUCCUAUAAUACUUGAUUAUUAAGAACACCCCGAGCAGACGUGUAAACUCUGUGCUAUGACCUGUUUGGUGGAGCUGAAAGAACACAUCGCUCUGUUUUCAUAGUUCGGACAAAAAUAUCCACUGUUGUCUCACUGCAUGAAAUAACAACAACAUAGGUCAUGCUGAUACUAGCUAUGAAGUGUUAAUACUUCAUGAAGACAAGACUAGGUUCACUGUUGUCGAAUUAACCCCUGGUUAUUACAAUUUACACUUAUCAUUUAGUGUAUAUCAGCUAACGUGCUGUUUUAUGUUGGAAAAGAACCCCAGAGUGCUGUACAUAUGCAGUUUCUUUUUGUAUUUUUGGUUGUUAAUCUUUUUCUAUUAAAAAAUAAUUAGUUAAAAUAA